ACCUGAUGGAAGAGAACAAGGAGAUGCAAGAAGUGAUUGAAGCGGGGAAGAGACAUCAUGGCAUCAAAACUGAUGAAGCAUCCUUGAAUCCCUCGUUGCAAACAAGAGGCCAAAUAUGUUUCACUUGCCCUCAGUGUGGAGAGAGCUUCUCAUGCGAACAAAGUCUUGAUCUUCACAUGAAAUGUCACAGUGGAAUGAAGCCGUACGCAUGUGAUCAGUGCGAGAAGACUUUUAGGCAAAAAGCAAACCUUGCCAAACACAGUAAAAUCCACACUGACGAGAAGCCACACGCGUGUGAUCAGUGCGGGAAGAAGUUCAGAAAUAAAGGAAACCUUAAUGAUCACAUGAAAAUCCACACGGGAGCGAUGCCGUACGCGUGUGAUCAGUGCGGGAGGAAAUUCGGACAUAAAGGAAACCUUAAUACACACAUAAAAAUGCACGCCGGAGAGAAGCCCUGGAGAAUAACCACUGGAGAAAAACGGCACGCAUGCAGUCAGUGUGGAAAAAAGUUCAGACAAAAACACCUCCUUGAUCAACACAUGAGAGUCCACACUGGAGAGAAGCCGUACUCGUGCGAUCACUGCGGGAAAAGUUUCACACGAAAACAGAUCCUUAAUGAUCACAUAAAAAUCCACACGGGAGAAAACCUGCACACCUGUGAACAGUGCGGGAAGAUUUUCAGGCAAAAAGCAAACCUUGCCAAACACAGUAAAAUCCACACUGAUGAGAAGCCACACGCGUGUGAUCAGUGCGAGAAGAAGUUCAGAAAUAAAGGAAACCUUAAUGAUCAUAUGAAAAUCCACACGGGAGCGAUGCCGUACGGGUGUGAUCAGUGCGGGAGGAAAUUCAGACAUAAAGGAAACCUUAAUGAUCACAUGAAAAUCCACACGGGAGCGAUGCCGUACGGGUGUGAUCAGUGCGGGAGGAAAUUCAGACAUAAAGGAAACCUUAAUAUACACAUAAAAAUGCACGCCGGAGAGGAGCCCUGGAGUAAAACCACUGGAGAAAAACCGCACACCUGUGAACAGUGCGGGAAGACUUUCAGGCAAAAAGCAAACCUUGCCAAACACAGUAAAAUCCACACUGACGAGAAGCCACACGCGUGUGAUCAGUGCGGGAAGAAGUUCAGAAAUAAAGGAAACCUUAAUGAACACAUGAAAAUCCACACGGGAGCGAUGCCGUACGCGUGUAAUCAGUGCGGGAGGAAAUUCAGACAUAAAGGAAACCUUAAUACACACAUGAGAAUCCACGCAGCAGAGGAUCCCUGGAGUAAAACCACUGGAGAAAAACCGCAUGCGUGCACUCAGUGUGGAAAGAAGUUCAGACAAAAACACCUCCUUGAUCAACACAUGAGAAUCCACACUGGAGAGAGGCCGCACUCGUGCGAUCACUGCGGAGACAGUUUCACACGAAAACAGCUCCUUAAUGAUCACAUAAAAAUCCACACGGGAGAAAACCUGCACACCUGUGAACAGUGCGGGAAGAGUUUCAGAAAGUCAGGUGUUUUCAAAGUGCAUCUGCUCACUCAUUCUAGAGAAAGAAUUUAUAAGUGUGACCAGUGCAGUAAAACAUUUUUUAGGCCGGAUGCCCUGAGGGACCACCUGAAAAUUCACUCAGAGGACCGGCCUUACGUAUGUUCUUUGUGUGCAAAGAGCUUUAGGCAGCUGAAUGGUUUAAAAGUACACCAGAAAAGACACAGCGGUGUGAAGGAUUACAUUUGCGCGGAGUGUGGAAAGACUUUUUUUACACUCUUUGUACUGAAACAGCACCAGACAGUUCACACCGGAGAAAAACCUUACCAGUGUUCACACUGUGACAAGACGUUCAGUAUUUUAGGAAACCUGAAAAGACACAGGAGUGUCCACACUUGAUAGAAGCCAUAUAUCUCUGCCAGUCAUGUGAGAAGAGUUUCACACAAAAAAGGCAUGUUUAGUUCAUGUUCUUGUUCAAGAUCUUGUACUUUCAGGUGCGAUGCUGCGUCCUCAAUUAACUAUCUGACCAUUCUUUGCAUGCGUGUGUGUGUGUGCGUUGCUUCAGGAGAGCAACCCUACAUUUGUGUUGUUU